AUGGAACCACCCGAGAUACCCAAGUCGACAAAGCCAUCGGCAAGGCCAUCGACAAAGCGAUCAUUGCCACGCCUCACCACAGAUAUCCCUUGCGAGGAAGAUGGCCGUACUUCAGUAUUCUCCCGGACUUCAUCUCCGGAUCUGGAAAUCAAGCCUGAGAGACCUGCUAGGGCCCCGACUCUGUUCUCGAAUGAGAAUCUCGCCCCUAACAUUCGGUAUGGACCAAGCAAGAACGCCCACAUUCUGGAGAAGAGUAUUGAGGAGGUGUCCAUGCCCAAAAAACCCGAAACCAAGUCGACCUACUAUGAGGAAGCGUUCUCCAGCCGCGGCUCGCAUAACUCACCCAGGGAGCGCAUCAUCCAGGACUCGGUUGUGGUCGCUGAGCUCACAACCAGUGCUAAGGUCUCUCACCCUGGAGUUUUGAUGAUAGAUCUUUCUCGACACCUCGCUCUGAUCUACCAGCGCCCAGAGGCCGCAAUCUGCCUGACAGUCCACCUAGAAGCCCCACUGUCAUUUGGCAACAUUUCUCUUCCGGCUUACAAGCUCAAGAUAUAUGCCCUGCCUUCCGUCAUCGCGCCCACCAUCAAUAUGCGCAGCACAACCAUGCUUACCGAGGAGUUGCAAGAGUUACUUGGCAUUGUUCCCGAGCUCGGAGUGAUUCUUUUCAUCCCGGUGCCCCAAGAUAACUUGGCGAUGAACGGAGCAAUUAUCGGAAGUGAGCUAUCCAAGGUGGAGCAGGAAGACAACCCUGGCUUUAUGAAAACACUUGGCCAAUCGAUUUCGCGACGACACUUCAAAUCGACUGUCGUCGAGCGACGACGUCAACUUGGGGUGAAGAAGUCCGUAUCGAAUUUCAUGCGCCGUGGUCUGGGACGUGCUUCGAAAGAGAAAGAGGAGCAACAGGAUUUUGACAAGGUGGAAAAGAAGGAGACUGCGAAACCCAAAAAAGAUGAUAGAGUUCUUCGGUUCGAAGACGAACAGUAG